AUGCUGUUUUCCAUUAAGUUCAAGAGCGUGGCGGUCCCGAGGAGGCUGGUCGAGGCAGAGAUUAGCGCCCUCACGCGAUUCUGCGCAGACUUCCAGGUGCCCGUUCUGUCCCGCGCUCAAGUCCACGAGUGCAUGGGCGUGGCGCCCAGGCAGCUGGGCAAGGGCGGCUACGGCACCGCCUUCCUCAACAUCCACAAGGAGCUGGUGAUGAAGUUCGCACACACCCUGAGCGCCUUCCUGAGCUUCAUCGUGGAGGCCAAGACCAUGGCGCUGUUCCGCAAGUACCACGGCUUCCAGCGCCUCGUGGGCGUGUGUCCGGAGAAGAUGUGUCUGGUGACCAAGUACGCCGGCCAGAGCCUCGACGCCCACGUGGUGGGCCGCCUGCACACGGAGCACAGGAUGUCUGUCAUGAGGCAGGUGUGCAACAUCGUGCAAAGCAUGCACAGUCAGGGCCUGGCUCACAACGACAUCAAGCCAGCCAACGUGUGCGUGCGGACGGGCGCGGAGGGACCCCGGGUGACCGUCAUUGACUUCGGUCUGACCAUGGCGGCCGGGGCCGUCCCGAUGCUGGAGAUCCAGUGGAACGAGAAGCUGUGCUACGCCCCCGAGAUCUGCGGGAGGGAGAGGGCCGGCCCGUGCGGCAGCCUCUCCGACGCGUACGCCGUGGGCCAGCUGCUGCUGUUCGUGUUCAGUAGGAAGCAGAUGCCGCAGCUGGUGAGGCGCUGGUUCUUCAAGAGCCAGAGGAUGAGCCCCACAGAGCGCCAGGGCCUGGGCUCGCUGCUGGAGGCCCUCGAGCAGGAGGGGAUCCGCCUGCUCCGCCGCUGCUACUGA